AUGCGGUCGGACGUCCUGGUGGGUGUGGUGGGUGGGCGGCAGCCGCCCACGCCUGAGGACUACCCGCCCCGGGAGGAGGUGGGCGGGGCCUGGCUGUACCAGGUGCACGACCUCACCCUCAAGACACUCAGAGCACGGGAGCACGCCGUCAAGAACGCCCUACCUCACGACCCGCGGACGUGGAGUCGGGAAGACGUACACCGAUGGCUACACCAUGUGUCCGAGGCUCACCAGCUACCCCGGGUGUUCCCCGAAAGGUUCCUCAUGAACGGCAAGGCUCUGUGUCUCAUGACCCUCGACAUGUUCGUGCAGAGGGUGCCCCUGGGAGGCAAGCUUCUCUACAAGGACUUUCAGCUACGUCUGUGUAACGCUAUGUACGCCUGAUGGGCGUCAGUGUAAUGCAGUGUACGCUUGAUAUCGUCAGCGUUGCGCUGCUGUGUGAACUUUGUGUCAGCAGCUGUGUACCUCUUCACAAUCUAAUGUUUGUGGAUACCUGCACCAAGUGAUGUGUUGAAAUCAAGAUUUAUCCGGGCGAAAUACAGUGCAGAAAUCAUAACUUUCUUGGCCAAAAUGACGUGUAGGAAUCAUGACUUUCCUGGUCGAAAUGUGGUGUGGGAUUCAUGAUUUUUCUUAGAUAAAAUGCAGUGCAGGACUGAGCACUUUCCUGGACGAUAGUAUAUGUGGUAGUGAAGUCUACCUGGACGAAGUGAGGUGUUGGUCUCAGUACUAAUAUAUAAUGUAUGUGAAUUUUAUUCGUAAAGGAAAAGAGUGAGAGAAAAGUCUUCGAUGUUUGUAGAUCGUUGAGACCUCCAGAGUGCCUUCCUCCCCCCCCCCCCUCUGUACGUCAGCAGUCAGGUGUACAGAGGUACUUAGUGUUAUAGAUUAACUCACGUGAGCACAAAAGAUAUGUGACGUGUGCUCAAGCUUUCUCUGCACCGAAAUAAUCCAGCACAUGAAUUGUAACUGUUGAUGAAAACCUUAAGGGGUUUGAGAAUGGCAAAGACGCUUUUGAUAAGAGUCCUGACGCCAUCAUGAUGGCGUCGAUGGUGUAGUUCUCA